AAGAACACAUCUUUUCCAAGUUAUUUAACCAACCAAAUUUUAUUUAUAUUUUGUUCUUAAUGAUGUCUUCCACGACUCAUGCAUCAGAAUUAUUUGAAAAACUACGUCCUAUCUGCAUCGAGAUCGCUCGUGAACCGACAUCGUGUAAAAUUGAUAUGCUGAAAAAUUACAUGAAAUCAAAUGGCUCAACAGACUUUUCCAUGCUUACUGAAUACAUUUUAUUUCCAUUACAAGCAACUGUUGCACGAAAGAACACAUCUAUGAAGCUAAAAAUACAGGCCAUAGGCUGUAUGUGUGUGGUAUUGCCCAGGAUAAGUCUGGCUAGAUUUGACAUCUUUCAACAGAUUUUUAAGCAUGUGUGUUUCUUUUUGAGCUCAAAAGAGCCAGGAGAGGUAUCCCAAGAAUUAUCUGAAGACUCAAAACAAGUUCUUUUAGAUUGCACUCUUAUUUUACUGGAUUCAUCCUCCAGUGAUGUAUUGAAGUGUAUUUAUAAAGAUGAUUUUAUGCCUUCACUUGGUCACUGUAUCUCUCUUCUACUCAAUGUUGCUGUAAAAGAACGAGCUAAGCAUUUGGCUGUCAAAGCCAUAGAAUGCAUAAAAAAAUUUGCAUUUAUUUCAAAUCCAGAAGAAGGAAGGGGAAAUGAUCAAAAUAUAACAUAUCACAAGCUGUUAUCAAUAAAACUAGCAUCUUUCUUGCCUGGUAUUUCAAUUUCUCUGAGUAAAGCAGUCACAAGUGAUAUUAAACAAGGCCAAACUGUCAUAAUUGCAGCUAUUAAGGCUUGGGCAGCUCAUAUGCAGGUUGUUAUGAAUGACAAAUUCUAUCCUAUUGCCACAUUAACUGAUUCAGUGGAUGAACUAACUCAGAUUAUGUCAACUCUUAUGCCAUUAAAGAAGCCUGGCACUAUGACAGAUGGAAUAGAACAAAAUGAAAAGAAAAGUUUAGAAGUUAAAAAGGAUAAAGAAUGGUAUUCUAAAACUGAUGCAAAGUUGAAAAUUCUGGUUGAACGGGUAUCGAAUUUGACGAGCCAUUCCAGUUGGAAAGUUCGCCUGACCAUGCUUGAAUUUGCUGAUCUACUUCUAAAAAACUGUUCAAAGUCGCUGGCGACGUGCGUACCAUGUUUGUUUGAGAUUGUGAUUGGUCUUUCAUCUGAUGAGUAUGUUGAGGUGUCGCAAAAGAGCAAAACGAUCAUUUUGGAACUCAAUAAACUUUUGCCAGACCAGACGCCAAUUAUUGAAAUCAUUGAAGAAAAUCUCCACGCUUAUUUCACCUCUCUUCCUCGUCAAAUCCGAGGCACAAACGAAGGAAUGAAGUUGAGAAGCUUGCGUAUCAUUGUGGGAUACUUGCGAGUACUGGGAAACUGUAUCAAAGCUACUUUUAAUACAGAUCAUCUUUUAAAAAGAAUGUUCCAAGCUUUGAUUCAGGUGUUAGAGUUUGACUUAUCGGAUAUACGCAUUGUGGAGCAGAAAACUCAGCAAGAUUCUGCAAGUAAUUUUGAUGUGGCACUAAAUUGUAUGGACGAGCUCAAUUCCUGUCAGUUUAUCUACAAGAAAAAAUUCAAGCACUUUAGAGACGAGAGGUUACUUUCUUUUAUUGUCAAAAUCUGUUGGUACUUGGGUCGCUAUGGUAAUAUUCUUGUACUUGUGGAUAAUCUAUUGGAUCAGUUCAGAUCUUCAUCCGUGAACAGAAAGCAAGUCGUAGUGUUAAUCAACGAAAUUGUUCGUGGUUCUGUACGAAAUUUGGAUCAUGAUAUCCCACCACAGGAAAAUUUACCUAAGGAAAGUGUGGAUAACGUGCGCGCAUGUGUGAAACUUGUGCUGAGCGAGUAUUUGUCCAAAGAUAUCUGGAAUGUAAGGAUAUCUAAUGAUGAAAACGAAGAUUUAAAAGAAAACCUGCAGAAGGAAGAUCUGUUCGCCAUACCCAGUCUUCAAGCAAUGUCUCGUAAACCUGUUUCAUUUUAUCAACUCAAUAGUAAUAUCCAACUGCUGUGUUUGGUGUUGGAAGGUAUUGGAAUCUUUGCGAGUGUAUUACGCGAAUAUUUUGAAAGCAUGUUGCUGGAAGUCUUGUAUCCACUGAUGGAAAAACUGGGCAGUCAUAAUGCAACCGUUAGUCAAGUGGCAUACUGGAGUCUGAGUAGCAUAGCUGUGUGCUGUAAAUAUAACUCCACUGAAGAACUUAUUGCAAGGAAUGUUGACUAUCUUAUUAAUUCAAUCUCUCUGAACUUACGUCACAUACACCUAAAUCCGCACACACCAGCGGUCCUCAAUGCUAUGUUGCAAUAUGGUGACAAGGGCCUGAUUCCAUACUUGGAAGAUACUUUAGAUGAGAUGUUAAGUCUGAUUGAUUAUUGUGAUGAUAAUUUGUUACUGUCAUUGCUGAAGGUGUUACACUCUUUGAUUCUUGCUCUCAACAAGUGGUUUCCAGUUGAAGUGAGCAAAAGCAAAAGAAUUUGCAAAAAGGAAUCAGAAAAAUUCUCCAAGGAUACUGACCUGAGGGAUUUCUUUAUUGCCCAAUUGAAAUUAAAGAAAGAAUCGUUAGGUGAAGUGUCAGACAAUGGCAUUGAAAUGCCUGUGGGUGAAGACGAACAAGAAAUAGUUGAUGAAGAUAAAAUUGAGGUUAAAGAUGUGGCUUUGCACGUGAAGUUCACAAUAAAGGUGCUAGAGAAAUGCACUUAUUUUUUGACGUCAAAGUUUGUAAGAAUCCGACUAGUUAUGCUUGACACAACCCAACAUGGCGUCCUAGUGUUGUCAAACACAGAAGAUCAUCUGCUACCUAUGAUACAUAAAUUAUGGCAACCUAUGACUAAAUGUUUCUCUGAUGAUGAGUUGGUUGUCAGAACAAAGUCAGUGUCAGUCCUCGAUACAAUGGUGAACACGUCUGGUCAGUUUAUGCGACGUCGCGUUAUCAAAGAUGCAUUCCCAACUCUUAUUUCGUAUCUUGUAAUGCAGCAGUCAGUCAGUCUGAAAGCUGGUGCGAUAUACACCCACACGUUGGGGUUUAAGUACCAGUUGGCCAUUUUGAAUGUACUUGGGACUAUAUGUUAUGAUCUUGAAAUUAUGGACGUCGAGUGUGAUAAAGUAUUAUCUUCCAUCAUACCUUAUUUAAGUCAAAGACAGCCUCAGAUUUUACAACAAGCGGCUAUCCAUGCAAUAAGAAUAUUAAUGAAAUUGGAACCAGAUCUUGUUUGGUUAUCCCUCAACAACAUAUUUUGCCCCAUCGCUCCAGUCCUACCAGAACAAUGCUCGACUUUUGCUUUUACCGACGUGCAACUUGCCGGAUUUCAUUCAGAUAAGAAUUGCGAGUUCGCUGUUAAUGUGCAAAAACUAUUAGGAAACUGAUGAAACUAAUUUUCCAAUG